AUGAUAUGUGCGGCGUCCGCUGUGCUUGUCUUAAGCGCCCUACUGUACGUCUUCUUUUUUAUUGGCGAAAGCUUAGAUGUUGAAGAAGCCAGUUUUUCGCACAAGGCCCGCAACUUCUUCGAUAUUGGACUUAUCAAGGCGCUCGUGCGGGCAUGUGUGGCGCGUCGUCCAAAUUAUGGUCGCGCCAUAAUUGGUUGUACAACAUCCAUUUCAGUAAUCGAAAAUAGUAUUCAACCCUUUGUGGCGCAAAUUUCGAUGACCAGCUCAAUGCUAAAUAAUGUAUGGCCCGGCAUUGUUGUUCUGUUCAUAGGGCCUUGGUCGGAUAAAUUUGGACGACGACCGGUGCUAUUGGUGACAUAUGCUGCUUCAUUUAUUGGUUACAUUUUAACUGCAACAUUGGUAAGCGUUUCUGAAACGCUGUCGCUGAACCCUUGGUUCUACUUGCUAGGCGGCAUUCCAUUCACGAUUGUUGGCGGAGGUACCGCAAUGAUGACUAUCGUCUUCUGCUAUAUAUCUGAUGUAUCCGAUAUGGAGAGCAAAGCUAAGCGAAUGUUCUAUAUUGAUAUGGCAAUGGGUCUGGGUGUAGUGGCUGGCAAUGUAUUGGGCAGUUACUUAUUGCGCUUGACUAGUGUUACCGUGAUAUGUGCGGCGUCCGCUGUGCUUGUCUUAAGCGCCCUACUGUACGUCUUCUUUUUUAUUGGCGAAAGCUUAGAUGUUGAAGAAGCCAGUUUUUCGCACAAGGCCCGCUACUUCUUCGAUAUUGGACUUAUCAAGGCUCUCGUGCGGGCUUGUGUGGCGCGUCGUCCAAAUUAUGGUCGCGCCAUAAUUGGUUGUACAACCUCCAUUUCAGUAGUUAUGAAUUUCAUAAUGUCUGGGGAAAUUAGCAUCUUCUAUUUGUUCUUGCGUAACAAAUUCAAUGUAACAUUACAACAGUUCACCUACUAUAAUGCCGCUGCGAUAACAAUUAAAAUGCUGGGAUGCGGUGUUGCCUUUGGAAUAUUCAGAAAACUCUUCAAAGUAUCAUUCGCCAUGGUAGCGAUCAUUGGACUCGCUGGCUGCAUUUUCGACAGUUUAACUCGUGCACUGGCGCAGAGCUUCUGGCAAAUGUAUAUGGCAUCCUGCUUUGGUUUUAUGUCAGGCAUCACUGCUCCCAUGUUGCAAGCAAUUAUUUCGUUUGCAGUGCCAUCAAAUGAAAUUGGCAAAGUCUUUUCUCUAUCAUCAUGCGUGAAUACGCUCACACCAUUGGCUGCUGCCCCUUUAUAUACGCUGGUUUAUAAUCACACACUUAACAUUUAUCCUGGCUUAUUUAAUUUUAUCAGCGUAGGACUGUACGUGGAGUGCAUCGUUGUUAUGAUUUUAGUAUACAUCUGCCAGCGACGAAUUGCCAACAGAUCCAACGCGCUUGAAUCGGGGAGCGAAACGGAAGAAUCUCAAAUAAGAAAUAUUCCUACCGAAACAGCUCAGCCAGCAAGGACAUCUUGA